GUGUCCAAUAAUCCAGUAAUAACAAACAGCCGCGUUUGACAGCAGCAUCAAAAACAUCAGAUCCGCUCCAAUCUUUCCGGUUAAACUAAAACAGGCGAUAAUCGAGGUUUUAGUUCGCUUGCGAUGGGUUGUUACCGCCGUGUUCACUGACAGCGGUGAGUUUCCAGCCUCUGUGGUCCCCGUUUGCCUGUCUGCAGCCUCCUAAACGGCGUCACCAUGCUGCGAGAGAGCUCCAAGGCGUGGAGUAAUGGCUCAGAGGCCUACAGCAGCGAUCCUGAGGAAGAGGAAGAAGAGGAGGAGGAGGAGGACAUGGUGUUUGGGGAGAAUGAUCAGGAAGCCACGGCGGAGGAGAUGAUGGAUCUGAGUGACCUCCCCACAGCUCUUUUUGCAUGCAGUGUCCACGAAGCUGUGUUCGAAGGCAACCCGCACAGGGAGCGAUUCGAGGCGCUGUUUAGGAUCUACGACGAACAGGUGACCUUCCAGAUGUUCAAAAGUUUCCGGAGAGUCCGGAUCAACUUCAGUACCCCAGAGGCCGCCGCGCGUGCUCGCAUUGAGCUGCACGAGUCGGAGUUCAACGGCAAGAAGCUGAAGCUCUACUUUGCACAAAUCCAGAAUGGCGACGAGGACAUCGACAAGUCGUACCUGGCGCCUCCUCAGCCCGUCAAACAGUUUCUGAUCUCGCCCCCGGCUUCGCCACCCGUGGGCUGGAGUCAAAGCGAAGACGCCACGCCCGUCAUCAACUACGACCUGCUGUGUGCAGUAGCUAAGCUGGGCCCCGGGGAGAAGUACGAGCUCCACGCAGGGACGGAGUCCACCCCCAGCGUGGUCGUCCACGUGUGCGAGAGCGAGACGGAGGAGGACGAGGCGGCGCGGCCGAAGCAGCAGAUCGUCCAGACCCGACGCCCCGAGGGACCCCCCAAAGUCUUCAACUAGAGAGGCCUCCCCCUUUAGCCGGCACUGGCCCCUUAACCCGCGACACACCCGCCCCCCCCCUCUCUCGUCCCUGCAGCCUGCGGGGAGCGCCGACGCCCCUCAUUUCAGUUCAACACAAACCAACGAACAUUGCUGGAGGACGGUGUUUGCGGGGAGCGUGGCAUCGGGAUGAGGCGGCGGGAGAGGGGAUGGAUGAGAACCACACACAUGCUCAUCACACUCUUGCGGACAGCGUGGGGAGCGGCGGGCACGCUCGCCUCCAUUGACCCCCCCCACUGCCCCUCCUUUACAGCAGGAGGGGUCCGAAACCCUGUCCCGACGCAGUCACACACACUCAGCUCUCAUUGCUCGUUCGUUCGCCAGUCGUACCUGUCCCUUCGUUAACACGCCUCAAAACAAAGACAUUUCUCCUUUUCUUUUCUUUUUUAUUGACAUUUAUUGAUGAUUGACAUUCUAUUUGUGUACUUUCUUUAUCAUCCACAUAUCUGCUGGUUUGUCACAUCAGCUCGCAUUACGGUUGAGUGUGUGAUGUUCCCACUCUUGUCUGCAUGUAUAUACCGUGUUACGAAAAAUACACAAACACUAAUAAAAGAUAUCAAGAAAAAGGAACCUAUUUACAGAAACAUCACACGCAGCACGAAGCGCCAUAUGUGACUAACAAAGUUGUGGUGGUUGAUUUUUAUUUUUUUUGUCCUUUUUUUAUUUGGAGAGGUGUUGUUUUUAGCUGAACUACUAGAUGUGUAUUCUUACUACGUAUUUGAUACCCUGAUACUUUUUGCAUGUUUAGUCAAUUCUGUAGAUGAGGAGCUGAGAUGUUUUUUUUUAUCGUCGUUCGUGAUGACAGGGAAGCGAGUGCAACGUUCCCGUGCACAGUUUAAAGUGACAACUUGGGGGCAAAGCGAAGCGAAGCUCAGCGCGAUUUUAGAAGUUUGACACUUCAAGGCUGGCAAAUAUUCAUUUGUUGCUGUUGUUGGGAUUUGAUGGACCCCCCCUCCUCCGGUCUGGGGCCUGGGAUGAGUCUGUUUUCUUAUUCCUUUACCCUCUUGGUUCAAGCGAUUGUGGGGCUCUGGACCGUUUCCUGCUGCACUCCAGACUACUGCGCUGCUUCUUGCUGUAAAUAGCCUUCAACAGUAGAUUCGUGGAACUAGUCCCUGUGGAAUUUUGGAGUUUACCUGAAAGCAGUUUGCUGAGAAAAGGGAACUUUAGGUAGCUUCAUGAAAUCUCAACCAAAGCAUUUACUCACCUCAAUGAUGAUUUUUCAUACUGAUGUAUAUUGUUAAACACCAAGAAAUCAUACAUUACCAACAUAACUGCAGUACUUUAUUUUCCAUUUUAGAACCUUCUGUUUGUGGUAUUCUGUGGAAAACUGCUUAAAUAAGCUUCUUUAAAAACUUCAUUUCCUGUGUAAUACAGCCAAGAGUCCCAUAUCAGAUCUGUGUACAUCCAAUUUAAUGUUGAUGUUUUAGCAAAAUAUAAAAGUUAAAUCAACAGAAGCUUCUAAUAUUUGUCAACUCUGAACAGCAUGAAAUUUAAAAAGAUGUUUUUUUUUGCUAUUUAACAAUAUUAGUAAGCAAAAGACAAGUCCAUAUGCAUGCGAGCACUUUAUUGUCAAUGUUCUUUUCCUCGACAUAAAUUCUUUGUUGAGACGACGUAGGAAGCACAUUGCUUUUCUUCUGUUUCUUAUUUCUGUUCUUUAAUCUCAAGCCGAACACCUGGUUAGCCUUUUCACCAGCAUAUUACAGUGAGUGAAACACGCCACUUACUCGUUGCUAGUGUAAACCUUGGAGAAGGUCACGCCUUGGGGUUCUGUGGGAGCAGCGUAGACGCGCUUUAAAAGCUGGGCAGGACGACGCCGCAGAACAAAAUCCAUGUCUUUGCUGUUGUGUUCGUCCGUGAGAAACAUCGUCGUAUGUUCUGGGAAAGCGAGUUUCACGUUGGGCAGAAAGCGCUUUCAUUGGCGCGACAGUGAAGCUGCGGUUUUGAGCCGGCAGCAGAUUGGUGGAGCUGCGCAUCGUGAUGAAGAGGACGCAAACCUGAAGGUUUUUUUACUCUCUGCAGUCACAGUGUAGAGACCUGGGUGCAUUUUGAUCACAUUGGAACGAAAAUGUAUAUUUAUGUACAUACGCCAAGUGUCCCAGUGUGCAGUUUGUUACAGCUUCUCUUGGCAAAGUUGUAAUGGAAAAAAAAAAGUUGUAGAAAAAUAUGUAACAAUAAGUCCUGAAGAUGCUCGAAGUGUCACUGUGUUGUGUUCAACAUGGACUCUGUUUGAAUGUUUCUUUGAUUUCUGGGGGAGCCCGUUCUGAAAAGGUGGAUUAAUACCGUUUGUCACUGUUGUACUGUUUCUGUUGAAGUAUGAUAUCGUGUCUCGUAUCGUAGGAAUCCAGAAAACAAAGUAGCAAAGCAAGCAAUAAUUUACAGUUCUACAAUACUGGUCUGUGUACUUUCAUGUUCGGUACUUAUUUCUCAGCAGUGGUCUCUGUCUCUUACAGUAUCUGCUUCUAUUUGUGUAGUAUAAUAGUCCUUUGUUUCACUUUGAGAAAUACAUAAAGACUUAUUCUUAAAAGUCA